GCAGAGACCAACUCUAUUCUCUCUUCGUUCUCAAGCAACCAAAGUUUCUGUGUUUCGUUCUCUCUCCUUCUCGCCAUGGAAGGAGAAAAGAUGGCCGAGUUGCGACGCCUGGAGGAGUCCGUUCAGGUCAAUCCCGAUGAUUACUCUGUUCAAUUUGAUCUGGGUCUUUUUCUGUGGAAGAAUUGGGAUGAGAAUGAGGAGAGUAAGUCGGUCAGAUCAUUCAAACAACAAGCGGCGGAGCACUUCUUAGCCUCCGCCAGACUCAACCCCCAAAACGGCGCCGCAUUCAGAUACUUAGGGCAUUACUACGGCGAACACUCCCUCGAUCCUCAUAGGGCUAUCAAGUGUUACCAGAGAGCUCUCUCCCUUGAUCCUGACGAUUCUCUUUCUGGGGAACCCUUGUGUGAUUUAUUCGACCGCUUAGGAAGGGAGACCUUAGAGGCCGCCGUCUGCCGUGAAGCUUCUCACAAGUCUCCCAGGGCCUUUUGGGCCUUUCGGAGAUUGGGUUACUUGCAACUCCAUCAGCGUAAAUGGUCCGAAGCUGUGCAGAGUCUUCAACAUGCCAUUAGAGGAUAUCCUGCUUCUGCUGAUCUAUGGGAGGCUCUUGGGCUUGCCUAUAACAGACUAGGCAGGUUUACCGCUGCUAUCAAGUCCUAUGGGAAAGCCAUUGAAUUGGAACCGAUCAAAGUCUUUGCUUUGGUUGAAAGUGGAAACAUUUCUUUGAUGCUUGGUUCAUUCAAAAAGGGAAUUGAGCAGUUCCGUCGUGCUCUGGAGAUUUCACCUGAAUGCAUAUCUGCAAACUACGGACUUGCUUCCGGGUUGCUUGGUUGGGCCAAGGAAUGUAUUUGUUUGGGAGCGUUUCAAUGGGGAGCUACAUUGUUAGAAGAAGCAUCUAAAGUUGCCAAAGAAAGUACACGCUUUGCUGGAAAUUUAUCAUGUAUUUGGAAGCUGCACGGUGAUAUUCAACUCACGUAUGCUAAAUGUUAUCCAUGGAUGGAAGAGAGUCAGAAUUUAGAACAUAAUGUUAGCGUUGAAGCUUUUAAUGUCUCCAUCAAUGCCUGGAAAAAUGCUCGCUGUUUGGCUGCAACUUCUGCUAGACUCUCAUAUCAGCGAGCUUUGCUCUUGGCCCCAUGGGAAGCUAAUAUCUAUACAGAUGUAGCAAUAAGUUCAGAUAUUAUCAACACUUUCACCAAGUGUUCUGAUUUUGACAUAAAUGCUUGGCAGCCACCAGAGAAGAUGGCCUUGGGGGCCUUGUUACUUGAACCUGAAAAUUAUGAGUUCUGGGUGGCUUUGGGGUGUUUAUCUAAUUAUAAUCCAUUGAAACAACAUUCUUUGAUUCGGGGUUUGCAAUUGGAUGUAUCUCUAGCUGUUGCUUGGUCAUACUUAGGCAAGAUCUAUAGGGGUUUGGAUGAGAAGCAACAGGCAAGACUUGCUUUUGAUUGUUCCAGAAGCAUAGAUCCUUCACUUGCAUUACCAUGGGCUGGCAUGUCAGCUGAUUUUCAUGCUAGGGAGCCUGCACUAGAUGAAGCUUUUGAGAGUUGUUUACGAGCUGUUCAGACACUUCCUGAUGCAGAAUUCCAAACCGGUCUCGCAAAGCUUGCUGUAGUUUCGGGGCAUCUUUCAUCUCCACAGGUUUUUGGAGCUAUCAAGCAGGCCGUGCAGCGCGCGCCUUACUAUCCCGAGUCUCAUAAUUUAAAAGGGCUGGUUUGUGAGGCACGAUUUGAGUAUCAAACUGCUGCUACUUCCUAUAGGCUAGCACUCUGUGCACUCACCAAUCUUUCAGCCGGUUUUUCAAAAUCUCAAAUCAGAGAUGUAUCAAUUAAUUUGGCCAGAUCACUUUUCAAGGCAGGGAAUGCUCUUGAUGCUGUAGAGGAAUGUGAAAACUUAAAGAAAGAAGGAUUGCUUGAUGAGGAAGGUCUGCAAAUAUAUGCUUUAUCCUUAUGGAAACUUGGUCAAACUAAUUUGGCCCUUUCUGUGGCAAAAAAUCUUGCUGCUAAUGUAUCUACUAUGGAGCAUAAUUCUAUUGCUGCCCCUAUUAGUUUAAUCUGCAGGUUGCUCUAUUACAUUUCUGGAUUAGAUUCAGCAAUCAAUAUUAUUCUUAAAAUGCCAAAGAAACUGUUUCAGAGUUCAAAAACCAGCUUUAUAGUGUCUGCCAUUCAUGCUCUUGAUGGAAGCAAUCGACUCGAGUCAGUUGUUUCGAGUAGUCGUAAGAGUGUUAAAUCACAUGAAGAUAUAAGCAGAAUGCACUUUCUAAUAGCACUUGGUAAACUAUUGAAAAAUGGAUCAGGACAAUCUAUUGGAUUACAGAGUGGAGUGGCUCAUCUUAGAAAAGUUAUCCACAUGUAUCCUAACAGUUGUUUGUUAAGGAAUCUACUAAGUUACUUUUUGCUGUCUGGUGAAGAGGAGGGGAAUGAUAAUACUCACCUUGCUACUAGGUGCUGUAAUGUGAAUGCUUAUUGCUCUCAAAUUGAUGAUGGUUUGAAAUCAGCAUAUGAAAUUGUUGGUGCUGGAGCAGUUGCUUGCUAUGCAUUUGGCAGUGAUAAUGAAUGUCUGAAUGAACUCGGAGCCAUCCAGCAACUGCAGAAAUGCUUACGCCGAGAGCCAUGGAAUAGGGGUGUGAGAUAUUUACUUAUUCUCAAUUUAUUCCAGAAAGCAAGAAGAGAAAGAUUUCCUUGUAAUCUAUGUACUAUGCUUGAGCGGCUAAUUUCUGUGGCUCUUUCAAAUGAAUGUUAUUCUGAGACUGAAGCUUAUCAAUAUGAAAAAUUCCAGCUUCUACUUUGUGCUUCUGAAAUCAGUUUGCAAAGUGGAACUUGAAUCAUAUAUUCUUGGUUUUCUUGGGUCUUGGAAAUUGUUAAUUUUCUUUAUAUUUUAAUAUAAUUAAUGCAUUUUUAGACA